AUGGCAUCCCCAUCCAAGCGUCUCGAAACGGCCAAAAAAUUCAUCGCCAACUUCAGCACGCUUUCCACAGAAACGCUGGAAGCCAUCCUGGCAGAGAACUUCGUCUAUCAGUUCGCGCCAGCGUCAAUGAAUCCACCCGGCCCAUUCGACAAAAAGGGCUUAAUCCAACACAUUUCCGGCAUCCAUGCCAUCCUGAGCGGUAUCCCAGUAACAGCCAAAGAUGUGGGCGACAAGCCAGGCGAUAUUCCGCGAGGAGUUGAAGGUUGA